AUGCAGAGGCAUGACAAUGAAUGCACCGAUAUGAUGCUUUCCAGGGGAGCCCUCAAGCUCUAUCCUUGUUCUGCCGACGAUCGCUCCACUGCACGAUGUCGUCUCCCAGAAAGUUGUCUGGACGGUAACAUUCUGGUCAAUGGUUGGGUUCAGAUAGUAACUGAAGCAGAGGUUCUUUAUUGCCGGGCAUGGCGAUUUGCUACCCAGUGCCUAGCAAAGGGGCUAGUCGCUCAAGCCGAUAGAUCAGUGAGAAGACCGAGCACAGCUGCCGAACGCGAGCUUCUUUCUGGUCUACCCGAGGAUACAUGUCUUAUUCAACAAAUUCCUGAUCCAUUGUCUCCUGGAACGGCGAUAUCUUUCAAGGUGUCAGUGCAAACUGGCAGCUUAGAAGUGGAUGAACUAGGCUUUAAAUAUGAUUCCGCAUCGGAUGCCACAAAGAGACAGGCAGUACGAGGAAUGCUGCUCGGUCUGGUUGUUUCAGAAGGUUGCAUCGUGGGCGGCGAGGGGGCUGGGAGAUGCUUGCGAGUAGAGAUUGUUAGGGUUGAGCCCCCUCAGACACUGGUGUUGGUGACAGAAGCAACUCACCUCCGCUUCGUCAGUGGAAAACCAGCUGAAAUCUACGGUGGUGUGCACCUUGGAGACGAGGAUGCAACAGCCGCCAUUACCGACUCUAUGCAGUCACUUUCACUUUCUCCUGAGACGCAUCAGAAGCCCUUGCCGAAUCUGCCGGGUCUUGAAAAAGCAUAUAGGGGACUUCAUGAAAUUGUCACUUAUCGCCUUUUAUAUCCCGAUAUGAUCGAAAAACUUGGUGUCGAUCCGCCGAAAGGGGUGCUGUUGCAUGGUCCUCCCGGCGUUGGAAAAACGUUAUUGGUAACAACGAUCGCUCGGGUUUGCCAAGCAAACUUGGUCACUAUCCAUGGACCUGAAAUAUUCGGUUCUUAUCUGGGUGAAAGUGAAGAGCGACUGAGAGCCAAAUUCAUGGAAGCACAGAGCAAAUCUGAAGACGGACGAACGUCAAGCAUAUUGUUCAUUGACGAGCUGGACGCACUCUCACCACGCCGUGACUCUGCUCGAUCGCAUGAGAAUCGUGUAGUUGCACAGCUAUUGACGUUGAUGGACGGAAUGGUGUCCAGAGGCCGACUCGUGGUGAUUGGAGCUACGAACCGGCCAAACGCCAUUGAUCCAGCGUUGCGACGCCCUGGCAGGUUUGAUCGGGAGGUUGCCAUUGACGUCCCAACGGAACAGGCACGACUGGCGAUUUUGACUUCCCUGACCAGUAAUAUGCCCCUUUCGGAUGACGUUGACCUCUCGCGUCUCGCAACUGCAACCAACGGCUAUGUCGGCGCUGAUCUCAGCGCUCUAUGCAGGGAGGCAGCGUUAGAUGCAGUGCGUCGGUCAACAAACGACCCAAGCUUCAACGUUGUGCCAUUCGCGUCCUUCCAGAAAGCUCUCGCGUCCAUUGGUGGCCCUUCGACACAGAGAGGUGCCGGUGUGUCUGUGGAACGAGUGAAAUGGGAUGAUGUUGGGGGACUCGACAGUGUUAAACUUCGCUUACGGCAAGCGGUUGAAUGGCCUUUGCUUUAUCGGAAGACGUACAAGAGGUUGGGCUUGAAGCCUCCACGAGGUGUUCUGCUUUAUGGUCCUCCAGGAUGCAGUAAAACGACAUUGGUCAAGGUCAUCGCUGCAACAUCUGGCGCCACCUUUCUUUCGCUUAAUGGGGCUGCAUUGUACUCACCAUUUGUUGGCGACUCGGAGCAAGCAAUACGUACAACCUUCCAAAGGGCUCGAUCCGGUGCACCCUCUAUCAUCUUCUUCGAUGAAGUGGAUGCGAUUGUCGGCAAGAGGGGACUAGGAGGCGGCGAAGACAAAGGGGACACAGUCCAAGCGCGUGUGCUUUCCACAUUGCUAAAUGAAAUGGAUGGUGUUGAGUCUGCUAAAGAUGUACUCAUUGUGGGGGCCACCAAUCGUCCUGACAUGAUUGACGCAGCGCUGAUGCGGCCAGGUCGAUUUGAUCGAGUUCUUUACGUCCUACCUCCAGACCGUCAAGCGAGGCGCGAAAUCCUGCAAAUCUACACACGUUCGAUGGCCCUUGCUACGGACGUGGACCUUGACUAUCUAUCUGGCAGUCUAACCGAGAGAUAUACUGGCGCCGAUUUGAAGGCAGUCUGCCGUGAAGCGGCUAUGGAAGCGUUGCGAGGGAUGAGAGAGGCAGAUUUUGUGACCCGGGAGCAUUUUAUGGCCGCCUUGGACGUUGUGAAACCUACGCUCUCAACAGAAAUGCUCGUCCAAUAUGCCAUCUUUGCAAAGAGAUUCGGUACCGGAGUACUGGACAACCCCGCCUGAAUGGAAGUCAGGAUGCCACCAACUUCCUUUGUCCCGGCGAUACAUUUGUAAAUACGUGACAUUUAUGUUUGAGAAGAUACCUUUAUAGUCAGCAUAUUUAUGUACAUGCAACAAAUACACUACAUACGGAAUGUUUGAGGUUGACGCUA